UAACGCUGGCUGCCUCUCGGCUCAGCCGCAGGAAACGCGUCAUUGGGGCUGCAGUAGGUGUGGCCAUGGUUCUAGUGCUGCUGGUGGCCAUUCCCCUACUGGUCCACACAACCAAAGCGGGCAACACAGGAAGUACAGGGAGCCAUUAUGAAAUGCUUGGAAGCUGCAGGAUGGUAUGUGACCCCUACACCACCUCUCAAACUGGCCAGGAGCUAACAGCCGUGUCUCCACCACCCCAGGAUUACUCUGGGCGGAAGACCAAGUCUGGGCUCCGUGGGCCUCCAGGUAUCCCUGGCCCACCCGGAGCACGUGGUCCACCUGGAGAGCCAGGCAAACCAGGGCCACAAGGGCCCCCAGGUCCAGGUCCUGGUGGCUAUGUUCCCUCACUCUACACUCCCAAGAUUGCCUUCUAUGCAGGGCUACGCAAGCAGCACGAGGGGAGUGAGGUGCUGAAGUUUGAUGAUGUGGUGACCAAUGUGGGUAACUACUAUGAGCCCACCACUGGCAAGUUCACCUGCCCUCUGCCUGGCAUCUACUACUUCACCUACCAUGUCCUGAUGAGGGGGGGUGAUGGAACCAGCAUGUGGGCAGACCUGAAGAAGAACGGACAGGUAAGAGCCAGCGCCAUCGCUCAGGACGCUGAUCAGAAUUACGACUACGCCUCCAACAGUGUGAUCCUGCAUUUGGACGUGGGCGACGAGGUGUGUGUGCAGCUGGAUGGAGGGAAGGUCCAUGGAGGAAACACAAACAAGUACAGCACCUUCUCCGGCUUCCUCAUCUACCCAGACUGAGCCGAACCACGCUGAGAGAGAAAGGAGCGGUUAGAAAAUUGCCAACAUGCACAUAUGCAUAUGCACACUCACAGACACUCAAGCAGACACACACACGCACACAGACACGUAUGCACAUAUACACACACACAUACACACUUGCAGAGAUGCCUGCAAGCACAUGUGCACCCAGGUGUACACACACACACACACACACUCAUGCAAGUAACCACACACACAUACACCCUGAAGACUAGAGAGGUGUGAAAACCUGUGAGAUGGGAGGAAUUAAGUGGCAUUUUGUGAUAUUGAGCCAAUCAUCAUGACCAAGUGCAUUAUUGACCCCUUGUGUGUGUAAAUAUGAGUUUCAGAAUAUGUACAGUAUAGGUGCACAUAACAAUUGCACGUCGUGGCUCUGACAUAUCGAAUAUAUUUUAAUGUGCUCCAUAUUAACUGACAUUGUGAAACCUACAAUAUAACCAACACCAUCGGUCUAUUUGUUCUUUAAUGCAAUCAUGGUGUUGAGGUUGGCAUUAGUCAAGAUUACCGAGCUGAGGAAAAGGAAAACCCUCUGUAAUCCAACCUUUACCUACAUUUACCAAAACACCUCUAUUCCCCG